UCGCAGUAGGCAGCGCUCCUAUCGCUGAAGAGCCUGGAGGCUUUGAAGAAUCCGUCUUUUUAGUUAAAAAAAAGACCACCACCACCACUCCAUAUCAGAGAGAAGUUAUCAGGGGAAUAUGAGAAGCUCUCCAUGCGCUCGAGGUCGCCAUGGUCCAUGUUGAAAGGGUGGAUUCUUUAAAAAUGAAUAAAAAGUUAAAGAGUCUGCAGAAGCUCGUCGCCGUGCUGUUCUUCAUAUCUCUGUCCAUAAGCGUUCAGCAGUCUGAGUGUGCGGCAUGUCAUGGCUGUGGGACCGGACUGAAGUGUGACUGCAGUGGAGUGAAAGGAGCAAAGGGUGAGCGAGGUUUUCCAGGUCAAACAGGUCAUCCAGGUGCACCAGGAUACCCUGGACCAGAAGGGCCAGCUGGACCUCGUGGACAGAAGGGUGAUGAUGGACCUUCAGGACCACCUGGAUCGAAAGGAAUAAGAGGACCUCCUGGACUUCCUGGAUUUGCAGGGACACCAGGAAUUCCAGGUCUUCCGGGACUGGACGGGCCUCCAGGUCCAAAAGGAAUUGCGGGCUGUAACGGAACAAAGGGUGAAAAAGGAUUUCCAGGAACUGGAGGUUUCCCAGGUGGAGACGGUCAACCGGGACCACGUGGUUAUCCAGGACAGAAGGGAGAGCCUGGUGAGGUCAUUACUGUAGAUACGCAAGGAACACCAGGACUUCCAGGAAGCAUCGGUCAGCCAGGCCCCAGAGGAGAGCCAGGACAGCCCGGGUUGCCAGGUCCUAUUGGGCCUCAGGGUCCGAGAGGUUACGAUGGACCACCAGGUCCCCCUGGUCUACCAGGGCCAAAGGGAAAUAUGGGGCUGAACUUCCAAGGGCCAAAAGGAAAGAAAGGUGAAGCUGGGUUACAGGGGCCUCCUGGGCCUCCAGGGCAAGUUGACCAGUUAAUAGGUGAAACAGAGGGAGUGAUUCAUCGAGGAGAGAAGGGUGACCGCGGACCACCUGGACCACGUGGAUAUCCUGGCCCUCCUGGAACACCUGGCCCAUACGGCAGUCUGAAGGGAGAUAAAGGAGAGCCAGGAGAACCUGGAAAGAGGGGUAAACCUGGCAAAGAUGGGGACGUUGGCCCUCCUGGACUUCCGGGUGUUAUAGGAGACACUGGUGAACCUGGUUUUCCAGGAAGACCUGGAGAAAGAGGUGAGAAAGGUGAGCGAGGACUACCUGGACCUCCAGGCGUGGCGACAGCCUUACCUGGGAGCCUUGUCGGCCCUAAAGGAGAUCCUGGGCUUCCUGGAGUCCCUGGGAGGAAAGGAGAGCCAGGGCUAGUUGGUAUCCAAGGACCACCAGGUCAGCCAGGUCGUCCAGGAAUUGGAGGUCAAGGCCCACCUGGCCCCCCUGGUUAUCCAGGAGAGAGAGGACAGAAGGGAGAUCAAGGAUCGCCUGGAGCUUCUCUUCCAGGUUCUCCUGGCAGACCUGGACCACCAGGUUUACAAGGACCUCCAGGACCUCCCGGACCUCCAGCAUUGCCCACCGGUGAUGGAAACUGCAUCCCAGGACCUGCUGGUCUUCCAGGCCUGAAUGGGGACCCCGGUUACCCGGGAGAGAUAGGCCAGAAAGGUGAAAAGGGGGAAACGUGUGUGAAUUGUUUCGUAAGCGGCAACCUCAUCCCAGGACCUCAGGGUCCACCUGGACGCCCAGGACCUCCAGGCAAUCCUGGGCUCCCUGGUUUGAAAGGAGACAGAGGGCCCCCAGGCAGCCCUGGUUUCAUGGGGCCAUCAGGUUUACCAGGAUCAGGUGGUUUACCUGGAGAACCUGGACAGAAGGGUGACCCUGGUGAAGCAAUUAGCCUUGAUGGUAUGAAGGGAGACAAGGGAGACACAGGAUUCCCUGGACCUCCAGGUCAGCCUGGCCGGGACGGAACUCCUGGUCGAAAUGGAGCUCCUGGACCGCCUGGUCCCAAAGGCACACCUGGUUCCCUUACGCUUAAAGGUGAACGUGGCCCUUCUGGAGAUGCUGGUCUCCCAGGCUCUCCUGGAGACAGGGGCCUUCCUGGUGCCCCUGGAUUUGGCCCACAGGGACCUCGUGGAGAGAAAGGAUUCCAGGGUGUGUCAGGAAGGCAAGGACCUCCUGGACCUCCAGGUCAGAAAGGUGAACCAGGUCUGACGGUCUCUGAGAAAGGGACACCUGGACCUGCCGGACGUGAUGGUGAUCCCGGUCUACCUGGAAAUCCAGGUAACCCAGGCCAACCUGGCUCCCCUGGCUUCCCAGGAUUACCUGGCCAGAAAGGAGAGUCUGGUCUCCCGGGCAUAGGCUUUCCAGGCCCACCAGGUCCUAAAGGAUUCCCAGGUAUUGCGGGAAGUCCUGGCAACCCUGGCAGGCCUGGACCAGCUGGUGUGGAUGGAAUACCUGGUGUACCUGGACCCCGUGGACCUAAGGGUGAACCUGGUUAUGGUAUCCCUGGCCCUCAGGGGUCCCCAGGUUUGCCUGGCAGUAAGGGUUUUCCUGGGCAUAAAGGUGAUCCUGGAUUCCCUGGAAAUCCAGGUGCACCCGGCCGACCCGGUAUUGAUGGUCCUCCUGGUUAUAAAGGCGAUCCUGGUCAUCCUGGUCCUCCGGGUGCAUCUGGUCCUCAAGGCCCCCCUGGUUUUGGUUUACCUGGUUUACCUGGACCAGCAGGACCUCCUGGACCUAUGGGCAGUCCUGGUUCCCCUGGUUUGAAUGGUGAGAAAGGAGACAUUGGUUCUCCUGGACUGGAUAUUCCAGGCUUUCCUGGUGACCAGGGUCGUCCCGGAUUGCCUGGACCACCUGGCCCAACUGGCCCAACUGGAAGCCCUGGUAAACCUGGCCAAGAUGGACUACCUGGAUUCCCUGGGCAAAAGGGAGAAAUGGGUGUGAUGGGCACUCCAGGAACUCCUGGUAAUCCUGGCAGUCCUGGUGUGCCAGGAUUUCCUGGACCAAAAGGUGAUAAUGGCCAGCCAGGACUGCCAGGAAACCAAGGUAUAAAAGGAGGAAAGGGAGAUAAAGGUGAACCAGGUAUAAGAGGCCCAGCUGGUAUCAGCUAUCCUGGUGCCUCAAAAGGAUUGAAAGGAGAACCAGGACUUCAAGGAAUUAGAGGAGCUUCAGGAGAAAAAGGUGUUCCUGGCCUUCCAGGAGAUCAAGGCAUCCCUGGACAGAAUGGACGUGCUGGGCCACCUGGACCCCCAGGUCCAAAGGGAGAUCCUGGAAUUCCAGGAAUACCAGGAACCCCUGGUACCCAAGGACCGAAAGGCGGCAUGGGCGAGAUGGGAUUUCCUGGCCCUUCUGGAGUUAAAGGAAACCCAGGUCAACCUGGACGACCUGGACAGCCUGGCUCUCCAGGAGCACCAGGGUUCCCAGGACCAAAAGGAGACCCUGGAACACCAGGAUUUGGGCAACCAGGAGCUCCAGGACCCAAGGGUGAACCCGGCUCUCCUGGUGGCCCUGGAGGUACAGGGCCAAAAGGUCAACAAGGGCCCCCAGGAGGUCCAGGGAUACCUGGGAGCCCUGGCCCAAAGGGUGAUCCUGGCCUCCCAGGAUUCCAAGGUACACUUGGUGCUCCUGGUCCUAAGGGUCUGGAUGGAGUCCCAGGUGCCCCUGGUCUAGCAGGCGCACCUGGAAGGCCAGGAACCCCUGGCUCGCCUGGUUUGCCAGGCACACCUGGAGACAAGGGUCAGCCUGGUCGUGAUGGUAUUCCUGGACCUCCAGGAUUAAAAGGAGAGUCAGGUAUACCAGGUUAUGGACUCCCAGGUCCUCCAGGCAUUCCUGGGAUGCCAGGUAACAAAGGAGACUCUGGCCUUCCUGGCCAGCCUGGCAGCCCUGGUUUCCCUGGACUAAAGGGUGAUGUAGGAUUGCCUGGUGCACCAGGCAACCCUGGUCUUCAAGGGUCCCCUGGUCCUCCGGGUCAGUCUAUUCAAGGGCCUAAAGGCAUCCAGGGUCCUCCUGGACCUCCAGGAAGAAGAGGUUCUCCUGGCACAGAGGGGCCCCGUGGACCACCAGGUUCUGGAGGAGUGAAGGGUGAGAAAGGCUACCCUGGAAACCCUGGACAACCUGGUUUAACUGGACAGAAGGGAGACACUGGAUCACCAGGUUUUACGGGCCCUUCUGGACCUCCUGGACCUGUUGGACCUAAAGGUGACAGCGGUCUUCCAGGCAUUCCAGGAUUAUCAGGACCUAAAGGUCAGCCUGGUGCUUCUGGGGGUCCUGGCUUGCGCGGUGAUCCUGGUGACUCUGGUCCUCCAGGUGCUCCUGGUCUGCCAGGUCAAGCUCCAACCCCAAUUGUGGUGAAAGGUGCUCAGGGGCCUCCUGGUCCUCCGGGACCCCAAGGACCCCAAGGGCUACCAGGAGAGGCAGGACUGGAGGGGCUUCCAGGUCAGCCUGGUAGUCCAGGUGACCCAGGUCCUGAUGGACCUCCAGGAUUCAUUGGUCCUGCUGGAAGGAAAGGAGACUCUGGACCCUCUGGGCAGCCAGGUGGGCGGGGUUUACCCGGCACUUCUGGUCCAGAAGGGCGUCCAGGUCCUCCAGGUCCUCCAGGUGUGUCUUCAGCAUCUCAUGGCUUUCUGAUUACGCGACACAGUCAGUCUAUAGAUGCACCUUCAUGCCCAGCUGGCACUUCUCCCAUCUACGAAGGCUAUUCUCUGCUCUACGUCCAGGGCAACGAGAGGGCACAUGGUCAGGACCUGGGUACGGCUGGAAGUUGUCUACGUCGUUUCAGCACCAUGCCUUUCAUGUUCUGCAACAUCAACAAUGUGUGCAACUUUGCUUCCCGGAAUGACUACUCUUAUUGGUUGUCCACUCCUAAACCCAUGCCCAUGGACAUGGCACCGAUCCAAGGAGAAAACAUCAAACCCUACAUCAGCAGAUGUGCUGUAUGUGAAGCACCAACUAUGGUGAUAGCGGUGCACAGCCAGACCAUCCAACUGCCAUCAUGUCCGCAGAACUGGGAGCCGCUGUGGAUCGGCUACUCCUUCGUAAUGUACACUAGUGCAGGUGCAGAAGGCUCUGGUCAGGCUCUGGCCUCGCCUGGCUCCUGUCUGGAGGAGUUUCGUUCAUCUCCCUUCAUUGAGUGCCAUGGUCACGGAACCUGCAACUACUACGGCAACUCCUAUAGCUUCUGGCUAUCCACUGUCGAACAGUCUGAAAUGUUCAGGAAGCCACAGUCUGAGACACUGAAAGCAGGGAAUCUCCAGACACGCGUGAGCCGCUGUGUUGUGUGCAUGAAGAGUACAAGAACAUAGCAAUGCUGAUUCCAGCACGAUCCCUUAUCAGGGGCGAUCACCACAGCGACUGCAUCAGUUACAUCUGGAACAAGUGGAAUCCUCGUGGUGCAUUAUUUUCAAUUUCAACUCUAUGGUGCUACUGUGCAACACAGCAAAAAAGAAAAAAUCCUUAAAAAAAACUAAAAGAAAAAAUUUACUAGUCUUUACUUUUUUAAAGAAGUACCUCAUACAGAGACAGAAAAGUCAACAAAAGUGCCAUGAUGGAUCAGUGACAAAAAAGUGCAUCUCCCCCCCUCCCCGCCUUUUGUUUUGUUUUCUUUAAACAUUUUUUUUCAUAGAAUUGUGGUUGGUAUGCAAGCAACACAUUUUUCGAGAGACAUUUUCACAAAUUACUGAAAUUCUCUCCAUGUUACCAAAUCGGCACUUUGAACAUCAAUGAGAAAAAUGCACUGAAUAGUUACAUUAGUGAGACUGCUUUUUGUUUCAUGCUUUCAUUUUUUCCCCAUCACUCUUCUUUCUCCCACUGCUUGGUGGUACUAACACUGCUGUAUCCAUGAAUCUUUAACUCCAAGCCCUUUAACUGUUUUGUAAGUAAUAAAAUGUGUAUAUUGUGUAAAACACCUUUUUAGUCUAAAACCUUAAAUGGUACUUCUUUAUUAUGAUUUUUUUUCCCCAACUUUUUGGCACAUGUUCAUUCACUCAUUCAUAUUCUAUCUCACUUUUUAACUUUCACAAUAUUUGUACAAAGUAAACAUUCUUUUAAUGAAA